CCCACCUUCCAACGCUCACUGCUUGGGCCGGUCCUACUUCAAUUUGAUACCCAGAUUCAAUUGCGUUCAAGUCCAGAGCAUGAGGCCCCAAACAGCAAGCACAUUUGCCGCCACUGCGCGAUGGAGCAUACAACCCGCCGCUGCCACGCCUGCAAGCGCAUACGGAAGAGCUGCAGCGUAUAGACGGAUAUCAACACUACCAAGAACAUCGCAAGUCUCUUCCACACGCACAUCACUACCGUCCACAUCUACACUCUCCUCCCAACGCUUCCUCCGCAGCGAAUUCUUGCCCCAAGAUGUCCUCUUCCGCACAUCAUCCGCAUACGCCCGCCACUUCUCUUCUCGGCCCGCCCUAAACGAGCAAGCGCAAAAGCAAAAGGACGUAAAGGACCAAGAGCCUGACACCACCAAAUCAACAGCCUCCGAGGGUAGCACCUCAGAGCAGGCUGCAGACGACCAGGCAAAGAAAGAGGGCGAGGAAGCCAAGGAGAAGAAGGAAGGAGAGGAGGAAGCUGGUGAACAGAAGGAGGGUGAAGAGGGCCAGAAGAAAGAGAAGAAGGAUGCGCCCCCACCUCCACCUCACGGCGACAAGACACCAUGGCAAGUCUUCACCGAGACCUUGAAGCAAGAGUUCCAGGCCUCGAAGGACUGGAACGAGGGUACAAAGCAGCUGGGUGGUGCGCUCCACGACUUCCAGCAGAACCCAAACGUUCAGAAGGCCGGCCAGAUCUCUGAGGCUGCCAAGACAAAGACCACAGAGGCAUUGAAGGCGACGGCAUCAGCUGUUGGUCACGGUGCGGCGUGGACUUGGGAUACUAUGCCCGUCAAGGGCGUUCGUGCUGCUGCGAGGGUCACUGGUAGCGGACUUGAAUACGCAACUCGGCCAGUGCGACAGACCAAGGCCUUCCAGGCCGUGAAGGAGACCAUCGACGAUGGCAGCUCGUCAAGAUACGGUGGUUGGGUCGAGAAGGAGGAGCGCAGGAAGAGGCGUGAGCUGCGCGAACUCAACGAACUCCAGCGAACUGGUGGUAAAAGCCUGGGGCCAAUGGAGGAGGACCCAAAUGCUGGCACAAAUGUCACCCUUCACAAAGACGCCAAAUACAAGGAAGUCUGGAGAGAAUGGAAGGACAACUCCAAGCUCGCUCAGGGCUUCUUCAACAUGAAGACCGUCUACAGGGAGUCCGACAAUGCCAUUAUCGAGACCGCGCGCAGUAUCUCCGACCGCAUCACUGGCUUCUUCGCCGAGAACGAGACGGCCAUGGUCAUCAAGAGGUUCAGAGAGAUGGACCCCAACUUCCAAAUGGAGCCCUUCCUGACCGAGAUGCGCGAAUACAUACUCCCAGAAGUCCUGGACGCAUACGUCAAGGGCGACAUUGCCGUCCUGAAGGAGUGGUUAUCAGCAGCGCAAUACUCAGUAUACGCAGCGCUCAUGCAACAAUACCAGGCCGCUGGCCUGAAGUCUGACGGAAAGAUUGUCGACAUUCGUGGUGUUGAUGUCCUGAACGCAAAACUGCUGGAACCAGGAGAGAUCCCAGUCUUCAUCCUCACCUGCAGAACCCAAGAAGUGCACGUCUACCGCAACGCCAAGUCCGGAGAACUGGCCUCUGGCAUGGACGACAAGGUCCAGCAAGUCACAUACGCCAUUGGUGUCACUAGGAUACCAGAAGACGUCAACAAUCCCGAGACACGAGGAUGGAGAUUGAUCGAACUGCAGAAGAGUGCCAGAGAUUAUUACUGAGCAAGUCGCCACUAAUCUCUUUUUCCUUCCCUCUGCGUUCCACCCUGUACGAUUACACUACCUUCUCACUGCACCUUAAUGUUGGUGGUCAUGUUCUUGCUGCAUCUUUGGCGUCCAAAAAGGCAGUUGUUGCUCUGUUAUUAUAGUCCUUGGCUGGCCUCUAUAUGGGGUUAUUAUGUUUCGUCACCUGGGUCAUGGAAGUGGAUAGAUGGACGCCGCAGAUGGGUAUGGCGUUCUACAUGACGCACUUCUCUACUCUGUAUGUAUAGUAUGAUGACUUGAUGGAUUGGUCGAGUGGAAAUACCACGUGUAAAGCAAGUGGAACAAGUUUCCAAGGACAGAACUGAGAAAAUCAAACCUCAAUUCACACA